AAUAGCUGAAAGCUGUUGCAUUCAUCCAUCAAUUCUAGCUCUUGCUAUAAAGCCGCAGUUAGUUGUGGUGGGUAGUAUAACGGUAGAAUCGUGUCGUGACUCGUUUAUACCUACCACAAUAUGCCGACAUGCCUCCUGGAAGAUGACUUUUGCUGAUUCCUAUCGCUCACACCGAUUCCGAACCACUGCCACAAAUAAUGCCCUACACCCUCGCCGAUUGACACCCGCACGCCAAUGGCCAGUUCUUGAGAAAAACUCCUGGGCAACAGCGUCACCGUUGCCCAGUUGCCCAGGAGACAUCGUACCCUGUCGCACUUCAACGUCACUCAGAGACACUGCCAAAAAAUGGGGACCCAAGAUACCACACCUACUAUCGACAGCACGGAUUCUAAUAAAGAAAAAGACGGUAAAACUGCGACCGAGGUGGCUUCCAGUGGACCUAACACCAAGGUUAGUACUGUUACCCCAGACAUACAACAAAUUGUACAAGAUUGCACAAAGAAAAGUAACAGCUUCGUAGAAAGUAAAUAUAGGAUAACCAUCACAUCGGAAAGAAUAUUGCAGCUGAGAAGACUGGUAGAAUGUGCUACCAAAGAUCAUAAAGUCUUCACCAUAAGAGCAGGAGUCUGGCCAGUAAUAAGAAGAGAGCUCGUUAGGCGCGGUUGGUUAGAAAAAGUGGAACAUAAUAACAAGCAAAAGUUCACAACUUUGGAAGACGUUACCAGUAACCUACCUUCUAAGCAAGAUUGGGAGUCGCACCAGAGUUACACCGAAAAGUGUGAGAAAAUGGUGAUAUCGAGAAUGCUUCAAAGUUACGACUGUGAUUUUUACUGGAGCAUGCGCAAAGAACCUGCCGAUCUUCAACAUCGUGCCAAUGCUUUCAAACUGAUCAAUCGUUUCAGUAGAAGUUUGUUUGCUUCCAAAGAAGGGCUGGCCCUUCUUCUGCAACAGCACUACUGGUUCACAGAGAACGGAGUCGCCAACGUUAACUAUCCGCGAGUGUAUGUCUUAGGUUUUCCUGAUCACUAUAAUAUGUUCAUCGAUGAUUUCCGAAUCACUGCCUGUAUGGGCUUCCUGAAAUGUAUCGCUGAAAGAUACGAAACUGGAGAUAAGUACGAUAUCAAAUCACCAGAUGGAAAGGUACCAUACGCUGCCAUUCAGUUUGCCAUAGAUCGGUGUAAUGACUAUGUGGCAGGUCAGAAGCAUUUCGAUCUCGACAAGGACUUUGUGAGAAUCUGGGACCAUGAAUGGGAGCAAUUUCUUACCAACUUUUACAUCAUUGUCCAUGAAAAAGGUCUCUUUUGUGACUUUAGUGAAUCACUGAAAACCGUAUAUGGUAAGAUAUCGAUAUAUCAGUACACCUCUUGUGGUUUUCACCGAAAGCAAGUGGCAAUCGCGACAUGA